CUGAGUUUAAAUGAUUCCAUAUGCGCAACGUUUCUUCCCGUUUCGCUCUCAUAGGAGGAACUUCCUCAAAACCGGGACAUAAAAGGAUCCUCGCCUAACAAAGUUUCAAACCGAGAUCUGGACAUUUGCAACUGAACUUCAGAAAUCACCAAACCCAGGGCAUAAUGUAUAAGUUUGGUGGCAUACCUGUGCUGGUGCUGUGUUGGGGUGUAGCUCACGCUCUGAGUAAUAUUUUACUGGAUGAAGCAUGGGAGAGCUGGAAAAUCACCUACAGAAGAGAAUACAAUGGUCUGGAUGAAGAGUCUAUUCGUCGAGCCAUUUGGGAGAAGAACAUGAUGUUUAUUGAGGCCCAUAACAAAGAGUAUGAACUGGGGAUUCAUACCUAUAAUCUGGGCAUGAAUCACUUUGGAGAUAUGACUCUAGAGGAAGUGGCGGAUAAAGUGAUGGGACUCCAAAUGCCCAUGUCUCAGGACCCCAUAAACACAUAUGUGCCUGAUGAAACAAAAAAGUUGCCCAAAUCCAUUGACUACCGUAAACUGGGCUAUGUCACAUCUGUCAAGAACCAAGGUUCGUGUGGCUCAUGUUGGGCCUUUAGCUCUGUUGGAGCUUUGGAAGGUCAGCUGAAGAAGACCACGGGUAACCUGGUGGACCUCAGCCCUCAGAACCUGGUGGACUGUGUGACUAAAAAUGACGGCUGUGGUGGAGGAUAUAUGACAAAUGCAUUUGAGUACGUUGCAGAAAACCAGGGCAUUGACUCAGAAGAGAACUACCCUUAUGUCGGAAUGGAUCAGCAGUGUGCCUACAAUGUGUCAGGAAAAGCAACCAGUUGUAAGGGAUUUAAAGAGAUUCCUCAGGGUAAUGAAAAGGCACUGGCAGCGGCUGUUGCAAAUGUUGGACCUGUGUCAGUGGGUAUAGAUGCCAUGCAGAGCACCUUCCUGUACUACAAAAGCGGUGUGUACUAUGAUCCCAACUGUAACAAAGAUGAUGUCAACCAUGCAGUGCUUGCUGUCGGUUAUGGAGCCACACCGAAAGGCAAAAAGUACUGGAUUGUGAAGAACAGUUGGGGUGAAGACUGGGGAAAGAAGGGAUUCGUCCUGAUGGCUCGUAACCGUAAAAAUGCAUGUGGCAUUGCCAGCCUGGCCAGUUACCCAAUCAUGUGAGAACUGGACUGAGACAGGAAGUAGGGAAUUUACAAGGGACUAAAACUGUCUGGUACUGAGCAACAACACAACGGACUUAAUCACUGUUAUCAGUUUGCUUCAACAUCAUAUUUUUUAUUGUUGGAGCAAAUUAAAACCUUCUCUAAAAGAGUUAAACUACAAUGUUUAGUGAUGUUUUUGUUUUACAAUGUUCCUAAUCGCAUCAGACACUGCAGUUGCAGCUUUUUUGUGCAAUAUUUGUUUUUGCAGGAGUUUUGAUAUUGUGUAUUACAUUUUCCCCAAUGCCCCUGGUGGGAUCUGAUUUUUGAAUCACUUGUUUUAUGAUGUUUGAUUUUAUAGAUGACUUUUUUUGUGACCAAAGAAAACUUUUUCAUAUUUAAUGCACUGUAUGGGUAUUUAGUAAUGGUAUUAAUAUACAGUCAUUGUUAUGAAUUACUUCAAUAAUGUUUUAAUUUUUUGUAAUUCAUUCUUUCAGAGCCAUACUGUACUCUGUACAGGAACACUAUAUAAAAUAAAAUUCAGAUCAUUUUCCAUAAA